AUGGAUAAAAGUUGGAUGAAUGCUUCUCGAAUUAGUCAAGAAUACGAUAAUGGAGUUAAAAAUUUUAUUAACUUUGCAAAGAAUAACCUUCCGGGUAGUAAUGAAAGACUCCUUUGUCCUUGUAAGAAGUGUUGUAAUCAGAAAAGGUUAUGUGUGAAAGACGUAUAUGAUGAUCUAAUCUGUCAUGGGAUUAAUCCAUCUUAUAUAUAUGAUGAUCUAAUCUGUCAUGGGAUUAAUCCAUCUUAUACAAAAUGGAUAUGGCAUGGUCAUGGGAUUAAUCCAUCUUAUACAAAAUGGAUAUGGCAUGGUGAAAGGAUUAAUCCAUCUUAUACAAAAUGGAUAUGGCAUGGUGAAAGCAAUGUGCCAUCUUAUACAAAAUGGAUAUGGCAUGGUGAAAGCAAUGUGGCAUCUUAUACAAAAUGGAUAUGGCAUGGUGAAAGCAAUGUGGGUACAACAUCUAACAUGUAUGUUGACAACGAAGAAAAUGAAGAUGAUGAGUCUGAAGAUCAAUUAGAUGAAAUGUUUCGCGAUGUUGGAGAGGAGUUCAUCGAUCGGUCAAACGAGUUGGAUGAAUUAUUGAAGGAUUCAAAAUUACCUUUAUGGCCGGGUUGUAGUAAAUAUACCCGAUUAUCUGCUGUAUUAAAAUUAUUCAACUUGAAAGUUGAGAAUGGGUGGAGUGACAAGAGCUUUACUGCGUUACUUGAGAUAUUAAAGGGAAUGCUUCCAGAUGAUAAUGAACUGGCGAAGAGUACAUAUGAUGCCAAGAAGAUUUUGUGUCCCAUGGGUAUUGGAUAUAAAAAGAUACAUGUUUGCCCUAACGAUUGCAUAUUGUUUAGGAAUGAUUACAAAGAUUUGCAUGCAUGUCCAAUAUGUGGGGCAUCUCGUUUCAAAACAAGAGAGAAUGUUGCUGGGAAAGUAAGUUUGAAAAGUCCACCAGCUAAAGUUAUGUGGUAUCUUCCAAUUCUCUCAAGAUUUAAGCGUAUGUUUGCUAAUCCAAGCGACGCGAAAAACUUAACAUGGCAUGCAGAUCAAAAAAUUUCUGAUGGCAAGCUUCGACACCCGGCUGAUUCUCGUCAAUGGACAACAUUUGAUAAUGCAUUUCUUGAAUUUGGUCACGAGCUGAGAUAUCUUAGGCUUGGACUUUGUACUGAUGGUAUGAACCUUCACGGGAACCUAAGUAGCAAACAUAGCUCGUGGCCAGUUAUGUUGGUAAUUUAUAAUUUACCUCCUUGGUUGUGUAUGAAACGCAAAUACAUAUUAUUGUGCUUAAUGAUUUAUGGGCCAAAACAACCAGGAAAUGAUAUAGAUGUCUUUUUGGCGCCUUUGAUUGAAGACUUGAAAAGUUUGUGGGAUGAAGGUGCGUUAGUGUUUGACGCAUACCGAAAAGAGAGUUUUAAGUUGCAUGCAAUGCUUUUCUGCACAAUCAAUGACUUUCCGGCUUAUGGAAACCUAUCUGGAUAUAGUGUCAAAGGACAUAAGGCAUGCCCCAUAUGUGAAGAGAAUACAUGUUAUCAUCAACUUGUUCAUGGCAGAAAGACAGUCUACAUGGGGCAUCGAAGAUUUCUAGAUAAAUUUCACCCUUAUCGAAGAUUAAAAAAAUCUUUCAAUGGGGUACAAGACUAUACAGAUGCUCCACAACCAUUAACUGGCAUUCAAGUUUAUGAACGCGUAGACUGUAUCAAUGUUACUUUUGGUAAGACUCAAAAACUUAAAUCUCAAAGAGGUAAGAGAUCAGAAUCUAAUGUUGAUGUACCAUCAAAUGAGAAGAGUCCGUGGAAAAAGAAAUCAAUAUUCUUUGAUCUUCCAUAUUGGAAGACACUUGAUGUCAGACAUAGUAUUGAUGUGAUGCAUGUUGAGAAAAAUGUGUGUGAUAGUCUUGUUGGAACUCUUUUAGACAUAAAAGGUAAGACUAAAGAUGGUCUCAAUGCUAGAUUGGACUUGAUUGAAAUGGGUAUACGACCUACAUUAGCUCCACGUAGUGGUGAUAAGAAGACAUAUUUGCCUCCAGCUGCUCAUACUUUGUCAAGAAAGGAGAAAAUUAGUUUUUGUGAAUGUUUACGUAGGGUGAAGGUACCACAAUGGUACUCAUCAAAUAUCAAUAGACUUGUUAAUAUCCAAGAUUUAAAAUUGGUGGGAUUGAAGUCUCAUGAUUGCCAUGCCUUAAUGCAACAACUAUUGUCAGUGGCUGUUAGAGGCAUAUUGCCUAAAAAGUUGAGAUAUACCGUCAUCAGACUUUGUUUCUUUUUCAAUGCAAUUUGCGCGAAAGUCAUUGAUCUAGACAAAUUAGAUGAAUUGUAG